UUUCCAGCUAAGUAGGAACGCCGCACUUGUGAGGAUGUUUCCGAGCUUGGCACACAGGCCAUGGCAUGUGUUCUGUAGGGUCUCCUUGCACCACAGAUCAUCUCUGUCACACUGGAGCCCAAAGGUUGUUCAAUCAUGCUACGGUUGGCAAAGUGGAGGUAUACAUAGCUGGUGGCUCAGUCAUCCAGACUUCCGGGUUGCUUCUCUAGGACUGCACAAGAUUCAAUACUACUCUACCUCCGGGACAGGUAAAGAUGACCCUCCCAAAUCUGCAUCAGCGGAUAUCAAGGAGAAGGUGGUGGGAGAUUCUACAAAAUCAACAGAACCGUCUGCAUUGGGGAUCAAACCGGCUGAGCCAUAUCAAGUGAAAGUGCGGGCUGUUUUAAAGAAGAGGGAUUAUGGGGCCAAAUAUACCCAGAACAACUUUAUUACAGCAGUAAGAGCCAUGAAUGAGUUCUGUCUGAAACCGAGUGACUUAGAACAAUUAAGAAAGAUUAGACGGAGAAGUCCCCAUGAUGAUACAGAGGCUUUCACAGUUUUUCUGCGGUCUGAUGUGGAGGCAAAAGCACUAGAUGUCUGGGGGAGUCUUGAAGCUUUGGCAAGAGAGAGAAAUCUUAGGAAAGAAGUGGAGAGAGAGUAUCAAGAAAAUAUUUUUCGCAAUCAACAGUUGUUGAAAGAAUACAAGGACUUUUGGGGAAACACCAAGCCUCGAUCUGGCCAGAGGACCCCCUUCCUACAAGGCCCAGGGAAAGUUGUAAUGGUUGCCAUUUGCAUAAACGGGUUGAAUUUCUUCUUCAAACUCUUGGCUUGGGUCUACACUGGGUCAGCAAGUAUGUUCUCAGAAGCCAUCCACUCUUUGGCUGACACCUGCAACCAAGCUCUGUUAGCACUUGGAAUAAGCCAGUCUGUUCGCAACCCAGAUGCUGUUCACCCGUAUGGCUUCUCCAACAUGCGUUACAUCGCUUCUCUCAUCAGUGGUGUUGGAAUAUUUAUGAUGGGAGCAGGUCUCUCCUGGUACCAUGGCAUCAUGGGGUUGUUGCACCCAGAACCUAUUGAAUCAUUAUUAUGGGCCUACUGUAUUCUUGCUGGUUCUCUGGUUUCAGAAGGAGCAACCUUACUUGUUGCUGUCAAUGAAAUCAGGAGAAGUGCACAUCAGCAAGGGGUGACUUUUUUUGAUUAUGUUAUGCAGAGUCGUGACCCCAGCACAAAUGUGGUUCUGCUGGAGGAUGCUGCUGCUGUACUUGGGGUCAUUCUGGCAGCUGGAAGCAUGGGACUGACCUCUCUUACAGGUAACCCCACAUAUGAUAGUUUGGGCUCUCUGGGUGUUGGCACGUUGUUGAGCGCUGUGUCAGCAUUUCUCAUCUACACAAACACUGAAGCUCUGCUGGGACGUUCCAUACAGCCUGAGCGUUUACAAAAGCUUACAGAGUUCUUAGAAAGUGACCCCGCAGUAAGAGGAAUCCAUGAUGUGAAGGCCACAGAUAUAGGGUUGAGUAAAGUGCGCUUUAAGGCCGAGGUGGACUUUGAUGGCCGUGUGGUUACUCGGUCAUAUUUGGAAAAACAAGACAUUGACCAAAUACUCAAUGAUAUUCAACAGGUGAAGACUACAGAGGAGCUUGAAAACUUCAUGUUGAAACAUGGUGAGAACAUCAUUGACACAUUAGGAGCAGAAGUGGACCGUCUGGAGAAAGAACUCAAGCAACGUAACCCUGAGGUCCGUCAUGUAGACUUAGAAAUUCUAUGAAAUUUGUGGACGUUCUCACUGCUGAAGACAUUUAGAAACAAAACAGAAGAAAUUGACAAAGAUGUGGAGUGUCAACCCUGUGCAAUCUUCCAUCUUGGUCCAUCAAAUAACACUAUAGAGUCAUCAAAUCUAGAGUGAAAACUGAUUGUGUUGCUUUGUCUCCCUGCUUCAUGAAGUUAAUGUAUUUUGACUAGACUUGUUGCUUAGUCUGUUGAUGAGUUCUUGAAGUCACAAAGCAUAUACAGUCCUGUGAGUUCUGUCUCACAGAGAGUAUAUGCAUUUGAAGGUUCAAUGAUACAGUUAGUGUCAGUUUACAUCCAUACUCCAUUGUUUUUUAUAAAGGAGCCACUCAAAUAGUGGUGCCCUGUUUCUAGUAAAGAAACAUAUUUAUUCACAUAGUUUUAUUAUAUUAAGGCAAUAAUAGCCUCUUAAAUUAAGCGUUUUUUAUUAUGAACACACCUGGCCUGAUGUCAUUUAACAAGCUUAAAAAAAUAUUGCUACAGUGAGACCAAUAGCAAGUCUGAUUUCUAAUAAUUAAUUGAAACUGAAACUAUUGGACAUUUUAAGCACAGUCCUUGGCAAAUCAACAACCAACAGCAACCCAUUUUUUCACUUCUUAGUUGGCAGCUUGGCAGCAGAUGACUGUAUUAUCCCAAAGAUGAGGAGACUAGUAUUAAUAUGAGAACCUUCAACAUAAAACAACUAAUCAGUAGGAAAAAAAAUAUGCUUCUGUUGUUAAAUCUAUACAUUUUCCCAAGUCCCUUUUAGGAUUGGGUUGCUUGUCUUUACCCUCAACCACAGAGUGAAAUGACUGGAAUUGAAAUCUUUAUUCAUGAGGAAGACCAACAUUUCAUCUGUAGACAAACAUCGUGUUAAUAAUGUAAUAUGUUUCCAUGCUUAUUGUGUUGCUGAAGAAGUUGGAUUAAAAUUUGAAUAAUUUAAUAAAUUAUUUUGCCAUUUCA